UUGCUUCCGUCCGUGCCGAAGAAUCCACAUAGACGGAAAACGAACUUGUCGACAAAAGAUGUCAAACGAAAGCAUUCGUGUCGACGAUAGCACCUCGUUUCUGAAUGAAGACGGCCACAACAUCGUCUGCACGACCUGGAGAACGGAUGCGGAGCCCAGGGCCCUGCUUUUUGUAGCACACGGAUAUGGCGACUACUCUCAAGACCAAGGAUACAAGGCCCUCGCCUAUGCCACGGUCGGACUGGGCUUCUACGUGUUUUCCCACGACCAUGUCGGUCACGGGAAAAGUGAGGGACCACGGGGUACAAUCAGGAGUUUCGACAUCUACGUUCAAGACAUUCUUACCCACAUCGACAUGGAACAGGCCAAGUUUCCCGGAAAACCCGUCUACCUCUUCGGGCACUCCAUGGGCGGCCUGCUGGUCAUCCUGGCAGCUCUGCGGAGGCCUGGCGGUUUCGCGGGCAUGGUUUUGAUGUCACCCCUACUUGGCAUAAACACGCCGUAUUACACACGGUUCACGACGUACUUGGCUCGCCUGCUGGUCUGCAUCGUGCCUUGCCUCCCCACGGCCAUGGCGAGUGUCGACCAGAGCUGCAGAGACGCCGCUGUCGUGAACCGCAUGAACAACGACCCGCUGUACUACGUCGGAAGCGUCUGCCUCCGAUGGGUGGUCGCCAUGGUAGACGCGAUAGAGGCCGCCCAUGCACACGUCAGUGCCGUAGAACUGCCGUUCCUUAUAUUGUACGGAACAGGAGACAAGGUAUGCGACCCUCAAGCGUCGAGGGACUUCUUCGAAAAGGCCUCGAGUAAGGACAAGAACCAGAAAGUAUACGAGGACGCAUACCACAGCCUGCUGGAGGAGCCGGAUGGCGUCGGCCAGCAAGUCCUCAAAGAUAUCAUCGACUGGUUUUGCGCCAGACUGCCUCCUCGAAUGUCGACCUCGAGUCAACCAGGCACGUCCGGCCAACAGGACAGCACAAUGCAAGUGGCAAAGUCCAUGACGUCCAAUCCGUGAACGGCGUGCUUUGUUUCAUUUUUGAUGGUUCCUAAACUUUUACUUCUGCGCUCACUCGUAAGCUUGUUGCGAACGACUACAUGCGGAAUUAGCGACUGUAUUGCAACGUAUUAAAUGUAAAGUUUCUAUGUUCACAAAGGG